UUUUAAUUUUUAGACAAUUUUUCAAAAACAUACUACUACCAUUUCUGAUUUCCUAUCUUGUGAUGGCAACGGUUACUACUACAGGCGGAAUGUCUCGUUUACGAAUUUGGAUGAUGCCAGUUCCGGAAGGAGAUAUUUCUCACCACCAAUUAGACAACUUUAACAACCUCAAACUUUGGAGCGACGACAGUCUUCAGGAAGAUCCACGUCUUAUGGUGCCUUUGGGAUUCGACGAAGACCAUCAACCAGUCGAUCAUCAACCGCGCAAAUUAUCAUCGAGUAUGAGCUCUUCGAGUGGAUAUAGUGGAAGUAGCGUGAACACAUCUGCUGAAAUUGCAAAGGAGAAUUCUACUGUGGAAAUGAAAAUUGGGACUUGGAAGAAGCUGCCUGAAAAGACUUGUGGGUUCUGCUACAUUCAAUAUAAACGUCUUCGUCAAACUCUGGGCUUGCCAUUUCCUCGUGCAACUGAUCCUGGCUUUUGGGUUGGACACUAUACUAAAGAUGAUGACGGGAAUGUUGUUUGUCCUCAAUUGCGUAAGCUGAUGUGCCCUCUCUGCUUUGCUACUGGCAAAAAGGCGCACACUCUUAAGUUCUGUCCGCUGCAAAAGUGAAGAUAU